CCCUCAAGCCUGGAAAUGUCCCCAGCUCAAGCCUGGAAGCCCGUCAAGCCUUCUCAGGGCCCUAGCCUGCUGUGAAUACCAAGCUAGACACGUUUUGCAGUCCCUGGGCACCUACUAUCCUGGGAGCCACAGCAUUUUACUGCCGCCACAGGGGCUCCGAAGCAUAGGAGGACCCAUCUGGAAUCACCUCAACAUGACCAAAAUUGAAAAAAUGGUUGACCACAUGGAGCUCAUGCAAAAUGAAGUAUUCUUGGCCUUUGCUUCCUAUGCAACUAUUGUUCUUUCAAAAAUGAUGUUUUUGAGUUUUGUAACCGGGUUCUAUAGAAUUACCAGAAAGGCUUUUGCUAACCCAGAAGACUGUAUAAGCUUUGGCAAAGGAGAAGAGGCCAAGAAGUACCUUCGGACAGACAACAGAGUGGAACGUGCACGAAGAAAAGUUUGCUGACUCUUGCUCCAGUGUGGUAGCCGGAGUGUGUUAUCAUGUCCAUGGCAAAGAGCAAGAGAGGAAAUGGAAAUGUGUAAGUGCCUUUUCAGAAUUCUGCAUGACUCACAGAUGCCAGCAUGCUAUUGGCCGAAGAAAGAUGUAUGUAUGACUGAAGAAGUAAAGUGAUAAAAUAGCCUCAACCUCUUUGUGAGAAAACACACAAAGUCACAUGGCACAGGAGCAUGGAUACAUGGAAAGUCGAGAAAUUUGGGCCAUUUAUGCAAUCAGUCUACUGCACCUGCCCACUUUAUGAUGUUAUGAGGUUCAGUUAGAUACAUGUAAAGGAUCUUAUAAACCCUACAACAUUAUGCAAUUACAACAGCAUUCAUUCCAAUGUGUCAUCAUUUUAUCAGGUUAGUAGUAAUCUGCUAUGUACUCAGUAUGAAUAGCAGUGGUUAUAACUACAUAAAAAAUGCAACACUGGGUAUGUGAACUUGGUCUUAUCUCUCUCAUUUGCAAUGUGCCACAUUGGGAGACAGAUGGGACAGGGAACAAAUAUUUGGAUACCCUUAUUGCCUCUGUCAUCAAGUUGGUUCCCAAACUGUGCCCAGCCUGUUCUCUUGAAAUUAUAAUCUGCACUCUGCUCCCAACGAAGUGUUUCACCAAAAUUAAUUUCUGACUAUUGGUGUAUUGAAUGUAGAACAGACAAUAUUACUUGCUCAAAUAUGAAAUUAUUGUAUUAGUAUUUGCUGAAAUAAUUGUAUAUUGUCUUUCUAUGGGUUGUACUAAUCAUGAAAAUAAAAGUUAUGCUAAAUCCUUGUCUGA